UCACUCCUCCGUUGUUAACCACCGCCCCCUGAAGCCGAGCUUUCUCUGGCCGUUAGGUUUCCGUCCAAUUCCUGACUGUUUUUCCCCUGCUUUCUCGCGUUUUCCCGAAAUUUUCUUUCUUGGUUGGAUUAGAUCUGUUAGCUCGCAAUCCUCUUUUCUUUUUGUUGUUUUGUGAAUCCGGUUCCUCGUGGUUAGAUCUGUAUGGUGGGAUUCGAUUCUCGCGUUUAGAUCUCCGCUUGCCUUGUGCUUUCUCUUCUUGUUUGUAGAUUUCUCCGGUGAUUUUCUUCUUCUGAGGGUUCGGCGUGGGGAAGAAUCUGAUCCGUAGGGGCGAGUUAGGGUUUUUAUCUGAGAUUAAAGUCUUUACUGCUUCUUUUGAGGGGGUAGCCGGGGCUACGGCCUCGGCGGCUUUUAAAGCCCCCAUCUCCUACCCGGAAGAUUUUAAAACCCUAAUUUCUUAAUUCUUUCGGCUCCGAGGAAGAGAUGCCGGCCCUGGCGUGCUGCGUAGAUGCUGCCGUAGCGCCUCCCGGCUACGCUUUCGUUGGGGACAGCUCUCUUCCCGCGCCGCUCCUAUUUUCCGGCGAACCUCCGGCGACAACCAUCGCCGCCACCGCCGCCAACGCUGCUUCCGUGAUCGACCAUCCCCAUUGGUCGCCGGCUCUCUCUGAUUCGCUGUACAAGAUCAACGCUUGGGGCGCUCCGUAUUUCACCGUCAACUCCUCCGGCAACAUAUCCGUCCGUCCGUACGGCGAGGGCACCCUGGCCCACCAAGAAAUCGAUCUGUUGAAAAUCGUGAAGAAGGUUUCCGAUCCGAAAUUGUCCGGCGGACUAGGGUUACAGCUUCCACUCAUCGUCCGCCUCCCGGACGUGCUCAAGAACCGCCUCGAGUCUUUGCAAUCGGCGUUUGAUUUGGCGGUUCAGUCUCUAGGAUACGAGUCGCAUUACCAGGGCGUUUACCCCGUAAAGUGCAACCAAGACAGGUUCGUUGUGGAAGACAUAGUCCGGUUCGGCUCUCCUUUCCGGUUCGGGCUCGAGGCCGGGUCCAAACCGGAGCUUCUCCUCGCCAUGAGUUGCUUGUGCAAGGGCAGCCCUGAUUCUUUUCUGAUAUGCAAUGGGUUCAAAGAUGCGGAGUACAUUUCACUUGCUCUGGUCGCGAGGAAGCUUGUUUUGAACACCGUGAUUGUCCUUGAGCAGGAGGAAGAGCUUGAUCUCGUGAUCGACCUGAGCCGCAAGCUCUCUGUUCGGCCGGUGAUCGGCGUGCGAGCGAAGCUGAGGACGAAGCAUUCCGGCCAUUUCGGGUCCACUUCUGGCGAGAAAGGGAAGUUCGGAUUGACGACUACGCAGAUUCUUCGCGUCGUGAGGAAGCUUGAACAAGCGGGCAUGCUUGAUUGCCUGCAGCUGCUGCAUUUUCACAUCGGAUCUCAAAUCCCAUCGACUGCCUUGCUUGCCGACGGCGUUGCUGAGGCGGCCCAGAUCUACUGCGAAUUGGUCCGCCUCGGUGCUCAAAUGAAGGUUAUCGACAUCGGCGGUGGCCUCGGCAUCGAUUAUGACGGAUCGAAAUCAGCGGCUUCAGAUAUAUCUGUGUCUUAUGGGUUGGAAGAAUACGCUGCUGCAGUCGUUCGAGCGGUACAGUUCGUAUGCAACCGCAGGGGCGUGAGUCACCCGGUGAUUUGCAGCGAAAGUGGCCGAGCCAUUGUCUCUCACCAUUCAAUUUUGAUCUUUGAGGCGGUCUCGGCGAGCGUGGCUGAUAAUACCCAGACCCUGUCUUCGCUUGGCGUGGAACAUUUCCUUCAGGGCCUGACAGAAGAUGCUCUCGCGGAUUACAGGAACCUAUAUGCGGCGGCAAUGCGCGGCGAGAACGAUACUUGCUUGCUUUACGCCGAUCAGCUGAAGCAGCAUUCCGUCGAGCAGUUCAAAGAUGGGUCUCUGGGCAUUGAACAGUUAGCUGCCGUCGACGCCGUAUGCGAUUUGGUCUCGAAGGCUACUGGAGUGUCCGAUCCUAUCCGCACCUACAAUGUGAAUUUAUCGGUGUUCACCUCCGUUCCUGACUUCUGGGGCAUUGGCCAGCUAUUCCCAAUUGUCCCCAUUCACCGCCUCGACCAGCGCCCGGCGGUGAGGGGGAUUCUGUCCGAUUUAACCUGCGAUAGCGACGGAAAGGUUGACAAAUUCAUCGGCGGCGAGUCGAGCCUGCCUCUUCACGAGAUGAACAGCGAGGGCGGUGGCGGUGGCGGAGGGUACUAUCUGGGGAUGUUCUUGGGCGGGGCUUACGAGGAGGCGCUCGGAGGCGUUCACAACCUGUUCGGCGGCCCAAGCGUGGUCCGGGUGUCACAGAGCGACGGCCCCCACAGCUUCGCGGUGACACUGGCCGUGCCGGGACCCUCGUGCGGGGACGUGCUCCGGGUGAUGCAGCACGAGCCCGAGCUCAUGUUCGAGACUCUCAAGCACCGGGCGGAGGAGUACGGUGGGCACGAGGAAGGGAUGGCUUUGGAGGCUUUGGCUAGCGGCCUCGCCCGCUCCUUCCACAACAUGCCUUAUCUCGUGGGCUCAUCAUCUUCCUCUUCCUGCUGCAUGACUGCCAAUUCUACCAGCUAUUACUACUUCAACGAGGAUAAUUACGGCGGCGCUGCUGAGUCUGCCGCCGGCGAGGAGGAGCAGUGGUCAUACUGCUGUGCUUGAGAUUGAUCUCGGCAUCCCCCCCCCCCCCCCCCCCCCCCAUCAACAAAUCACAAUUUAUUUUCUCCAAAUGGUUUGUUGUCCUGUCCUGGAGGUCGUCGUCUUUGUUGAUUUCUUGUUUUUUUUUUCUUCUUUAAAUAAUUUUUGUUACUAGUUUUUAGUUUUUUUUUUUUUUUUUAUAUUAGGGUGAAGAAGGAAGAACAUCCAAGAAACAGGACAAAGUCUCUUGCAAUUUGUGGAAGAAAGUGGAGGGAAGGAAAGGGAGAGAGGGACCGAAUGAAUGAAUGAAUCAAUCAGUGUGGUUGUGAUUUGUAAAUUCGGUCCACCUUUGUUUUCCCAUUUCCUGUAAUCUUGCAUCCCUCUUUAGUAAGACAAAUCUUAAAAAUCA